AUAAAUUCAAUUUCUACAUUUCUCCGAUCCCAAACAACCAUGAAUCCCUCCCUCCUCAUUUCCGCUCUUCUCCUCGCCGUUCUCCUCCUCUCCCCCUCCGCCUCUCUCGCCGCCGGGAUGUUCGAACCGGGCGGCGGAUUUGAUGACAUACCCGGCUUUCGGAAAGGCUGGGACAAGGGGAUCGUCGGUGGUGGCUACGGCGGUGGAUACGGCGGACCCAAAGGCGGUUACGGCAAGGGUGGAAUCAUAAGGAACACUGUGGUGUGUAAAGAGAAAGGUCCUUGUUACAAUAAGAAGGUGACUUGUCCGGCCAAGUGCUUCUCCUCUUAUAGCCGAUCGGGCAAGGGAUUCGGAGGCGGCGGCGGCGGCGGUGGCUGCACCAUCGACUGCUCUAAGAAGUGUAUUGGCUAUUGUUAGAGAGGGGCGGUAGUGGCGGCGGCUUAUGAGUGUUUUUCUUUGACACGGCCGCCGGUAGCCGGAAAAAUUAUAUCUAUAAUUAGCAGCUGUACUAGACUGAUAUAUAAAUUAAUUAUAAGUUAUAUUAUGUAACGAAUUUAAUUUCCAUGCUUGGUUUUGAAUUUUGAUAUAUCCAUCUGUCAUUAUAGAUAAUAAAAAGGCAACAAUUAAUUCA